AUGGAAUGUCUAGCUCACAGAGCCCCAGCGCCUGUCGCGCUCGCGAACCCCAAGGUCGAGCACAGGCUUCCUGCUUCUUCCGCGUCGCUUAAGUUCGCCGCUAGCCCCGCUCUUGGUAGCAAGCUCGUGGCGAAAACUCGUCAAGCUGCACGUGCGAGCCAGCCGCAGCUUAGGCGAACCACCCCUCGCUGCGAAGCCGCACCAGAAGGCGCUGCUCUCACAGCUCCUGAAAAGAAAUCCUCAAGCGACGAUACCAUUCAGCAGUUUCUGCAGCGUGAUUACAAGUAUGGGUUCGUGUCUAACAUCGAGAAUGUCCAGAUUCCCAAGGGAUUGACGGAGGAGACAGUGAGGCUGAUUUCGGCGAAGAAGAGGGAGCCGGAGUGGAUGCUGGAGUUCCGUUUGAGUGCGUUUCGACAAUGGCAGAAGAUGACCGAACCUGAGUGGUCGGACAAUCGCUACCCUAAGAUUGACUUCCAGGACGUGAUUUACUACUCGGAGCCGAAGCAGAAGGAGACCAAGGCGUCGCUGGACGAGGUCGACCCGGAGCUGCUGGCGACGUUCGACAAGCUCGGCAUCUCCAUCUCGGAGCAGAAGCGCCUCGCGAACGUCGCCGUCGACGUCGUCUUCGACUCCGUCUCCAUCGCGACGACCUUUCGCGAAGAGCUCGCCAAGGCCGGCGUCAUCUUCUGCUCCAUCUCCGAGGCCGUCCGGGAGUACCCGGACCUGGUCCGGAAGUAUCUGGGGAAGGUCGUACCUGUCGCGGAUAACUACUACGCCGCUCUCAACUCCGCCGUUUUCAGCGACGGGAGUUUCUGCUACAUUCCUAAAGACACCAUCAGUCCCAUGGAGCUCAGCACGUACUUCCGAAUCAACGCCAUGGAAACCGGUCAAUUCGAGCGAACCCUAAUCGUGGCGGAUGACCGGAGCUAUGUGAGCUACCUGGAGGGGUGCACGGCGCCUUCGUACGAUAAGAACCAGCUGCACGCGGCGGUGGUGGAGCUGUGGACGGGCGAGGGCGCGGAGAUUAAGUACUCGACGGUGCAGAACUGGUAUGCCGGCGACAAGGACGGCGUGGGCGGGAUCUACAACUUUGUGACCAAGCGCGGGCUGUGCGAGGGCAAGAACUCCAAGAUCUCCUGGACGCAGGUGGAAACUGGGUCCGCCAUCACGUGGAAGUACCCCUCUGUGGUGCUCAAGGGCGACAACAGCUCCGGCGAGUUCUACUCCGUGGCGCUCACCAACAACAAGCAGCAGGCCGACACCGGCACCAAGAUGAUCCACGUGGGGAAGAACACGCGCAGCCGCAUUGUAUCCAAGGGCAUCUCAGCAGGGCAGUCGCUCAACUGCUACCGGGGGCUGGUGCAGGUGCAGCCCACAGCACAUGGAGCGCGCAACUACUCUCAGUGCGACUCCAUGCUUAUUGGGGAUAACGCCGGCGCUAACACAUACCCUUACAUCCAGGUGAAGGAUCCGACGGCUCGAGUGGAGCAUGAAGCAUCCACGUCUAAGAUUGGGGAGGAUCAGCUCUUCUACUUCCAACAAAGAGGAAUCGACGCCGAGAAGGCAGUGGGCAUGCUCAUCAGCGGCUUCUGCCGUGAGGUGUUCAACGAGUUGCCUCUGGAGUUUGCCUCUGAGGUCAACCAGCUCAUGAGCCUCAAGCUCGAGGGCUCUGGAACUGCUGUGAGGGGGAGAGGCAGGGACGGAGGAGGGGUGAGGGAGGAAGGUAGGAGCAAGGGAGUGCGUUACAGAGCAGGCAUUAUAAGGGGAGAUGAUGAGGAAGGCGGUGUAGACGCCAAAGGGGAGGACGCGGGGGUUGUGAGUGCGCGCAAGUGGGUGGCGGUGUGCUGCCCUCACAUGCCAGCCAGCUUUGUCCAUAAGCUGUUCAGAAAGAGACUGGUGCGAGCCCUUAGUCCACCAGACUCAUCCCUUCCACCCAGCACCACGGGUCCCUCACACGCCCGUUUCAACAAGCUAUCGCGGGUAUCAGCCAGCCAACUGCUCCUUCCAGGAACCAUCCUGUGCAUCCCUUCGUCUGUCCAAUUGCACACCGGUUUUGAAGCAAGUGCUGCAACUCGGGCUGUUGCCUCGUCUGUCUCCUCUGCCGCUCCGUCCUCUUCUUUUUCCUCCUUGCCACGUGGCAUUCAACCAGAGGAUGUCGAAAUGAUGCAGAAGUGUGUCCUAUACAAGGAUGAGCACAUCCUCGUUAUCAACAAGCCUCCAGGCCUGCCCUCCCAGGUAACGCCUUCCCUCCCAGGUAACGCCUGCCCUCCCAGAUGUCUGCCUCCCCUCUGCAUGCGUGAUUUUCGAGACGUCUGCCUCCCCUCUGCAUGCGUGAUUUUCGAGACGUCUCAAGAAGCAAGCACUAACCGCUGCCUCCCCUCUGCAUCAUUGAUUCUCGCUGCUGCUGAUUGGUCCAAGGAGGGAGGUAUGGCACGGGUGUAUUGGGCGGUUGUGAUUGGCCGGCCGAAGCAGCUGUCAGGGGUCAUCAAUUCGCCACUGCACAAGCCGGGCAACGACUCAAACUCGCCCACUAAGGAGCUGCCAGCUGUCACACUGUACAGAGUCAUCCAGAGCUCGCCUUCUGGUGGGUAUUGGGACUAG